AUGCUUUUUCGCAAGGUCACGGCGUACCUAGAUGCAGUGACGGAGGCUUCCAGGCAGGAAGAUGGCACCGCCUUGACGCACCUUUUCUCCUACGAUUGCCUAUCGCAUGGUUUAGGGCAUCAAUUUGCUCGUAUGGAUGUCCGUCAGGCCAUUCGUAACAACGCUGCAGUAAAGCGUGUCGCGCAUGUUCCUGAGCUCCUGGAGCCCUUCUUGCGCGCUGCCGGAUGUUUGGCGGAUCAAGAGGUGGAGAAAGCCUUCGAGCACCAUCGAUCAGCUUUCGUUCUGGCGGGUGAUUUAUACAAAGACCUCCAGGAAGAGUGGCUCCUCAAUCUAAUGCGCAAGCUCGCGCGCGGCCUACGCCUCUUGGCGCAGAAAGUGGACAAGGAGAAGGUGCGAUUCGAUCCCAUCAUGAACGAGGCCGUCAAAGCCAUCUCGGAUAAGUUUCGGCUCUUCGGCACGGUCACAGCCAGUGGGCGUCGACGGGUGGCUCUGAUGCUUGCGAACGAACAAAUAAUAUGCUACCUGCAGCUGAACAAUCCUCGGCAGUGCAAACCUUUGACGGACUGGGCGGACGCCCGGCACAAGCUCACGGACGAUGACUUCACGUCCGGCGAGUUUGCUCAAGCGGAUGCUGUCACAUACCAUUUCCUUCGGGCGCGCCUUUUUUUGCUCGACACGAAUUACAAAGAAGCCGAGCGCUUCCUGACCUAUGCGUUCCGACACUGCCCCGCUGCCGCUCACCGCAACAAGCGCACCAUCCUCUCCUACAUGGUGCCGGUGAAGCUCAACCUUGGUUUGCUGCCACGGCCACCCCGUCCUCUCGCACCGUGGCGUAGUCUCUCAUGUGCCCGCUUCCCCAACCCCACCCAGCGCGGCCUUCUCGAGCGCUUUCAGCUCAAAGAGUUUGAGGCGCUGGUGGCUGCUUUGCGCGAUGGGGAUUUCCGUCUGUAUCAAGAGCAGCUUGACAAAUAUCAGGAUGACUUUAUUGCCCGCGGGGUUUAUAUCAUAUUGGAGAAGCUCAAGCUUUUC